UCCCCGGGCUCGCGGCGUUCCGUCAGCACCCUGAAGAGGUGGCUGACCAAUCCUGUCCGCAAGCUCAGCGCCGGGGCCGUCAACAUCUCCACCAGCGCUAAGGGGGAGCGGCAGGUCAGGAAGUUGGAUGAGGGAAGCAAGCCGCCUCCUCCUAUUCCACCCCCUCGCCACAGUCAUGACCUGGGCCUGGGAGGGCUGGGGCUGGGCAACCCCCUGGGAUCAGAGGACCACCUCAACACCAUACUACCCAUCACACACAAAGAGAUGGUGAGUGGAGAGGCAUUGCUAAGCACCAGUAUUAAGGGUACAGUAGUGUCCAUAGACCUACAUACGUACCAGUGGAGGCUGCUGAGGGGAGGACAGCUCAUAAUAAUGGCUGGAGCGGAAGGAAUGAAAGGGCAUCAAACCAUGUGUUUGAUGUAUUUGAUACCAUUCCACCUGUUCCGCUCCAGUCAUUCCCACGAGUCCGUCCUCCCCAAUUAAGGUGCCACCAACCUCCUGCGACACAUACGGGUGUGUACAUAUAUCACAGUGAGGAGUAGCUACUGUACACUGGGACUAUGGCUAGUGACAGAUCUGAAAUGUGCCUCCUCAAAAGUAAACUCAUCAGUAUACUCUGUAUAACUCCACAGUAAUCUGUAUAUAAUAGCUAGAUAUAUAUGUCUCAUAUCACAAGGUAGCAUAGGCUUAUGAACAGGCUCAAUAGUAAAUAGACUAACGAUUGUUUAGUGCAGCUGUCUGUCAAACACAGAUCUACAAGUCUUCCUGUGUAAAUAUAUAGUAAUGCCAGCUUCCCCAUAGAUAUACAGUAUGUUUUAUCUCUACUUAGCUUCCCUAACCACAGCCUAUUGACAGUACAAUACCUCGCCUAUGAAUACUAUGAAUGACUGCUCCAGUGUAAACACAUGGUGGACAGUGUGAUAGCUAUGGCAGGGCUGAUGCUGCUCGUUACACUGUGGAUGGUGGUCCUGCCUCUCACCUCUGGGGAUGUUUCUGACACAGUCACAGUGUUACACUGAUUCAUGUUGAUGUGUUGAGUAAUGUUGCUGUGUUAUGUUGAGGAAUCGUGUUCCUUCUGUCUCGCUGUUGUGUGUAUGUGUGUGCUCAUGCGGUGUGUGUGUGUGUGUGUUGUAGGAGUGCAGGUAUAAUUUGGCCAGUCCUGAGGACCUCUCCCCAGCAACCCUAAACUCUCCCAGCUACCUGUCCGACUCACUACAAGGCUGUACUUCACUGGCCUACACACAGGUGAGUCGACGCGCGUGCGCACACACACACACACACACACCACACACACCCACACACACUCUGAGUUCACACCUACAGCCCUGUGUAACAGAGGUGGUUUGGGGAACCAUGUUUGCCUGUUGACAAACUUUGCCUGAGACCUGACAACUCGUGUUAGCCCCCGAGCAAAUGCCUAGGUCCAGGAGGCUAAACAAGGUAAAUACAGUCAUGCAAUCCAUCUUAUCAACAGGGUCAGAGAGCACAUACUCAGUCAACUUAUCCAACCUAAAACAACACAAUAAAUCGCACUGAACUGUUGAAGAAAUGAAUUGGUAAUCUAUUGACGGUAUUGGCUCUGUUGCUGCUCAGUGUGGGGGACUAGGGGAGAUUUACUCUGAGGAAAACCAGACAGGGACAUGGUGACCUCACAAGGCUUUGUUUCCAUGGCCCUGAGACAGACCUGGAUUUGAAAGGGAGCCCCUCUCACAACCCCCCCACCCGCUGCUGCUGGGCUUGGCAGAUCAAACACACUCUCUCUGUCUCAAACAUACACAGAAGGACACACACGCAGACAGACGGACAGACACCUAGAUUAACACAAGGCCCUCUCAGAGUUCAUCAAUAGGAGGCAGUCCAGUGGGGAAGGUUUGUCAAGGCUAUGGCCCAAAUGGCACCCUAUAGGUCUCUGGUCAAAAGUAGCGCACUAUAUAGGGAAUAGGGUGCAAUUUGGGACGCACCCCUUGUUAGGGUUCUGUGUGAUGGAUGCUUCACAUUCAACUACAAAGAACAUGCCUCCAGAUAAAAAGGAAAUGGCACAGAGGAGAAAUUUAAUGGAAGAUGACAUGUGUUCCUGGAAAUGACAAGGUCCACACAAUGACCUGUUUCAUUUACACAUCAAACAUUGGGAAUGAAGUGUGAACGGCAACAGCAAAUGGGAUAGAUGGCAUUUGAAACAGAGAAGAUUGUAAUCGGGCCUAGAUAAUGGAUACUGCGUCAGGCAGACAUAAGAGAGACAGGACUAACUGGACUCUUAAGGGUCAGUAUUGAUAAAGGUUUUAAAACUCAGUGGAACAAGGGAGCUAUAUCUGAACUUGUCCAAUUAGAACACCUAUUUUUGUUUUCCGUUGCAAAACGUUUUGUUACAGUGUGCCCUGCUAAACACGACCCAGGUGCACCAGACCACCACAUCAGUCUGCUAAGUCUGUUAUUCCCCUCCAGUUCUGGCUGUGGGGAAUAACAAUUCAGUCAUAAUAACAGUCAGUCAUAAGGCUCUGGUGGCAGGAUUAUACACAGACAGAGACAGGGGAGAGAAGGGAAUGAGAUCACUGGUUCCGUCUGUACUGACAGAGACAAGGUGGAGAGAGAGGGAAAGGGAGAGAGAGGGGGGAGAACGAGAGAGAGAGAGAGUGAGCGAAAGAGAGAGAGAGUGAGACAGAAGGGACAGGGAGAAAAGGAACGGGAGAGAGUGUGUGAGAGAAAGAGAGAGAAUUAGAAAAAUUGAGCGAAAGAAAGAGGGGGAUUAAAGUAUGUAGGUCAGUCAUCUCAGGGUCAUGGCUUCUGUCAUUCUGCUUUCUCUCUCUCUCACUCUCCCUCUCCCUCCCUCUCUUGCCCUCUCUCUCUCUCUCUCUCUCUCUCUGUUUUUGUCUUCUGACCACCCUCAGGAGAUAAAAGAUUAGACUUUCAUUCUGCCAAUUUCUUAUUCUCAUUCACUCUUAUACACAUUCUAGUAAAUUCCCUUUCUCUUUAACUCAUAUACAGUACAUUCUGUUUAGUGCUUACCCUAUUUCCCUCUCUUCCUCUUCCUCUACCUCUUCAUUCAGGAUACUGAUCUGCUAAUCUGACCUAACAUUCCUACAGAGGCCCAGUUUGAUCAAUUGUUUAUUAUUUGUUAGUCAACGGAAAAUUCCUCGACGGACUUCAGUCAAACAGUCAAACAAUGUAGUACUGUUACCCAAGAAACUGGACUAAAAUGCACCAAGAGUUAUAGCUCAGCUUGCUCUAUUUAUCAAAGGGGUUUUCCUUCCUCUCUUCAGGAGAGAUAAACGUUUGUCUGGACUGUUACUGUCUGGAUGCACUUUGAGAGAUUCAUAGUUUCUCCUUCAAGUAGGAAAGGAAGAGUUUGGAGAGUUCAUAGAAUAUAGUUUUAUCACCAUGCACGCCCACAAGCACACACACUACCUCCACCUCACUAAGGGAUUGUUUUCCUGUAGGAACAACAACAGCCGUGAUCUCAGCUUUUAUUAAGCUUUUGCAAGCAAAAAUAGAGGAGUAAAGAGAGAGGGGGGGGGGGGUGGAGAAAGAGAGAGUGUUCUUUCCUUUGGGGUUCUACCAGAGCAGAGGACAUGUGGUAAUGAUCAGGAUCAGGCAGUCAGGGAGAGACCUGUCAGCCAGGGCAGGAAAGCUAGGACACACACAUGCACACACACAGACGGACAGCCAGACCGACACACACAACCACUGUGUACUCUACAUCUUUAGUAAAAGGUUACAUUUGCAGAAGUUGAUUGGAAAUAAAAGGCCACAGGUGAACAUAUAGCUAUGCCGAGGAGUCUGGGCGGGAGUAAACAUUUGAACAAAUAGCGGCUGAACAGGUUGAACCAGGCCAGAGGGCAGGGCUGGUGGUGAACUAGAGAAAGUACCCUCCAUCCAUCAGGGAGACUGGCAGAGGAGUCACAGGGAUUUGUUUUUGUAUUUGUAUUUGUAUUUAUUAAGGAUCACCAUUAGCUGAUGCCAAGGCAGCAGCUACUCUUCCCUGGGUCCAGCAACAUUAAAUUGUAUAUAACUGCCUUAACAUUACAUGACAUUACAUUUCAUAACACAUUAAGUGUGUGCCCUCAGGCCACUACUCUAAUACCACAUACACUACAUGACCAAAAGUAUGUGGACAUCUCAUUCCAAAAUCAUGGGCAUUAAAAUCGAGUUGGUACCCCCUUUGCUGCUAUAACUGCCCCCACUCUUCUGGGAAGGCUUUCCACUAGAUGUUGGAACAUUGCUGCGAGGACUUGCUUCCAUUCAGCCACAAGAGCAUUAGUGAGGUCGGGCACUGAUGUUGGGCGAUUAGGCCUGGCUUGCAGUCGGCGUUCCAAAUUCAUCCCAAAGGUGUUCGAUGGGGUUGAGGUCAUGGCUCUGUGCAGGCCAGUCAAGUUCUUCCACACCGAUCUCCACAAACCAUUUCUGUAUGGACCUCGCUUUGUGCACUGGGGCAUUGUCAUGCUGAAACAGGAAAGGGCCUUCCCCAAACUGUUGCCACAAGGUUGGAACCACUGAAUCGUCUAGAAUGUCAUUGUUUGCUGUAGCGUUAAGAUUUCCCUUCACUGGAACUAAGGGGCCUAGCCCGAACCAUGAAAAACAGCCCCAGACCAUUAUUCCUCCUCCAUCAAACUUUACAGUUGGCACUAUGCAUUGGGGCAGGUAGCGUUCUCCUUGCACCCUCCAAACACAGAUUCGUCUGUCGGUCUGCCAGAUGGUGAAGCGUGAUUCAUCACUCCAGAGAACGCGUUUCCACUGCUCCAGAGUCCAAUGGCGGCGAGCUUUACACCACUCCAGCUGACGCUUGGCAUUGCGCAUGGUGAUCUUAGGCUUGUGCGCGGCAGCUCGGCCAUGGAAACCCAUUUCAUGAAGCUCCCGACAAACAGUUCUUGUGCUGACGUUGCUUCCAAAGGCAGUUUGUAGUGAGUGUUGCAACCGAGGACAGUGUGGCCUACCACUUCACGGCUGAGCCGUUGUUGCUUCUAGACAUUUCCACUUCACAAUAACAGCACUUAAAGUUGACUGGGGCAGCUCUAGUAGGGCAGAAAUUGGACGAACUGACUUCUUGGAAAGGUGGCAUCUUAUGACGGUGCCACGUUGAAAGUCUACUAAGCUCUUCAGUAAGGCCAUUCUACUGCCAAUGUUUGUCUAUGGAGAUUGCAUGGCUGUGUGCUCAGUUUUAUACACCUGUCAGCAACGGGUGUGGCUGAAAUAGCCGAAUCCACUAAUUUGAAGGGGUGUCCACAUACUUUUGAAUAUAUAGUGUAUCUACGUGUGUAGAGUGUGUUUAGGAUGUGGGUGUUUGAUUAGUUGUGUACUGUGGGUCUAAGUCGGAGAAGAUGUGCAUGGCUGGAACAUGGAGGCCUAGAAGUGAGGACAGACAGAGGGUUUACUCAGUCACGAGUGAAUGAAUAAGCAGAAAGAAAGCUGAUGAAGCUGAACAACAUUGCUCAACAAAGAAGGGAGACUUUCACAAGAAAAGGAAGAGUGGUUUGCCGACCAUUUAAACAGGGGAGUCAGUGUGUGCAUGUCUUAAGAAGGUUGACAAACACACAUUCAGUUCUAUUCUAAGACAUGUACAUGAAGAGCAGAAGACUGUGGCCAAUGAACAAGAGAUGCUCAUUUCUCACACAAGCAUGACAGUGUAUCUUACUGCUCAUACAAGCGUUGCUGUAGUGUAGAGACAAUGCUUCAAUGUUCAGGGAUCUCCUUGGGAAUGUAUCUAAGUUCCAGGAAAGUAGCCUGUGAAAAGGCACUCAUGCGUACCUCAUCAACCCAACUGAUUGUUUACUAUGUCGCACACUUCCUGAAUGGAUUGGGAUUGGAUGUUUAUGCUGACACAAUGUUCAGUGCUGGUCUGUACCCUACUAUUUCUACAUUGGGUGUAGAGCAGUGGAGGCUGCUGAGGGGAGGACGGCUCAUAAUAAUGUCUGGAACGGAGCAAAUGGAAUGGCAUCAAACACAUAGAAACCAUGUUUGAUGUAUUUGAUACCAUUCCACUGAUUCCACUCCAGCCAUUACCACGAGCCCGUCCUCCCCAAUUAAGGUGCCACCAACGUCCUGGGGUGUAGGGGCUGGGCAGUAAACCGUAAAAAAUUAUAUCCGGUAUUCAUUCACGGACUGGUUUGGAUUUUUACUUUACCUUCUAUAACAGUAUUGUAAUGUUUGUUACAUUAAAUAAUUCAGUAAUGACUCGAAAAAAUCACUGCUAACAGCUGAGAAGAGAACUGCUAUCUUAGCUAACUUGCAAGCACAACAAGUCCACAACUCUGGGAGUACAGACCCACAGAAAAAUGGCCGACUACCCCAUAGUGCAUGAGCCAUGGGGUCGGUCGGGCUCACUUGGGGUGACGAUGUCUCAUAGUGGUGAGUUUAAAAAAAAUCUAUGUCUCUAGAGUUGGAAAAUGUGUGAUAGCAGUGCAGCAAUGGCAGCAUUCUCUGUGUUAUCAGUCUCUCAUUCAUCCCUCCAUUCCAUUCAUUUUUUCCCAUAGGGAUGUUACCCUAUGACAAACAAUGUCAGUAUACAACAAGGUAUUGUACACUUAUACCCUUUAAUCAUAAAUCAUUGGAAAGCUUAGAUUCACAGCUUAGAUUCACAGCUAUCCAUCAGCAUAUUUAGACACAAGUUCGGAAGGUUCAGGUCAACAGAACUUUGAGCUUUGACCUCUAGGGUACAUAUCAGAAUUACCUGUAUAAAUUGCUUUUAAAAGGAAACCCUGAUACAUUUUGAAAUCUAUGGACAUACACUUUCAAAAAAAUAUAUUUGAGACAUCGUCACCCCAAGUGAGCCUGACGUCCCAAAUUUGGGAGUCUGGCUCAUGGACUACAAGUGCCGAAAGUAAGAACUACAAUUGAAGCCAUAAAUGCAGUCAAAGAGGAGAAUAAUUAUUCUGCCAACAAUUUAUUUUUUAUAGAGACAUACUAAGGUAAAAAGAAACGUGACACAAUGUUUAAAUGAUAACAAAUUAGUGCAGGAAAUGAAUAACUUGAUAAAAUCAUGGAAGUGAAUGCUGGAAUUGAACAAAUAAUUAUGGAAAUAGCAACCAUUGGUAGAGUACCAGAGUUAGAGGCUACAAAAGAGGAUUUUGAUUCCUAUGCACAAUAGGACUUCACUGUCAGUUUUGGCUGAACAGUUUGGCUGAACAGUUUAAAACAAUCAGAAUGGAGAAAGCCCAUUAAAACCACUUACAAUUAAUGUCUUGCCAUCCUAGUGUCAUGCACAACCCAUAAAGCAUAUUUAGAACUUUUAUUAUUCAGAAACAUAAAAUACCAUAAAAAAAAUGAAAAAUACAGUGCUAUGAUAUUUUGGCCAUAUCGUCCAGCCCUAAUUGGGUGCUAUGCUAACACCACAGAGAUCCAAUUAAAUUAUAUGUAAUUCUAUACCUAAGACAUUCUGUCAAAUUAUUGUCUCUACCUACCCUGUUCUCUUUCUUUCUCUCCCUCUGUCUUUCUCUUUCAUGGUGACUUUUCCACACCAUACACUAUUAUUGGUGACAAUCAGAUCCCCUUAUCAUUCUGUCACUGUCCCUAGUGUCUGGCUGCUCUCCCUCCCUGGUCACCUUGGCAACCUGCAUCAUUAUCCUCUCUCCCUCUCUCUUUCACUUUGCCUCUCUCUCUCCCUCCUUUUGCCUGUCUGCAUCCCUUCCUCUCUCUCCCGCUCUCACUUUGCCUCUCUCUCGCUCAUCUCCCUCAAUUUCCCCUCCCUCUCUCCCUCACUUUGCCUUUCUCUCUCUUUACCUCAAUUUCUCCCUCCCUCACCCCCCGUUACAUUGCCUCUCUAUCCCUCAAUUGGAUAUUUCCCUCACCCUUUUUCUCUCCUGCUAUAUUAAAAAUGCCAACGGACCACAGAUUAUAUCCUAACCGUAUUCCCUGUCCCCUCUGUUUCAACAGGAUACUCAGCCCACCAAUGUCUAUCCAGAUGACAACGGCUCAGUGUUGAUGGACGACACCUCCAGCCAAUCAUCAGCCGCAGCUGACAAUGAGGAGAGGAGGAGUGCCUUAGAAAAGAGCAUGUAAGUGGUUCACCUUUAGUUACACAACACAACACUGCCCUUACUAUUCUUCACUCUAAAACUGAUCCAAAGUUUGAUGUACAACACAGCAUUGCCAUAAGUAUCAACACACUGACAGCAGUUACAUGAGAGUGUCACUGUGUCAUCUUAAACGGACAAGACUGUUUGCAAAUAUUUUGUAUUGAUGGGGAUGACAGGGGCACCAAAAGUCUGCAGUAUUUGUCAUCCUCUGUCUCUCUGUCCAGGUACGUACUGAAGGAACUCAUAGAGACAGAGAAACUGUAUGUGGAAGACCUGAGGUUCAUAGUAGAGGUGAGAAUACAGCAUUAUAACCAUAUUCAAUCACAGUAAUAUCAACAGCGGCUUAAGAAGUUUGAAAUCCUUCGCCUUUUGUAUCAACAAAGGCAUAAGAAGAACCCCCACCCACGUAUUCUAUUACUUGGCCUUGAAAUCCUUGUCAUCACAAUACCUUCAGUUUCUUUCAACAUAGCUUGGUCUGGCUCCAAAAACUGCCAUUCUGUUAUUGGGAUGAAUAUAUAUAUAUAUAUAUAUAUAUAUAUAUAUAUUAGAUUACUAUCAUGUUACAAUGACAGCGGUGGAUAUACACUGUAGGUGAAGAAAUUAUUGUCUCAGCAAAACUGAAGAUUUCAGAAAGUUCAUUUGGGCCCAGUGUUGUUAUAGCAACAUAAUAGCGACAUGCCUAUAUUUUUCCAAGUCAGAAAUAGUUAUUCUCCAGGUAGGUAUGUACAGUAUAUAUUACAGUAAUACAUAGGCUUUAGCUCAGCAGGUUAACACAGUCUUAAAUGGCAUAUUAUUAUUAUUAUUAUUAUUGUUGUGUGCAGGAAACCAGGGUUCGAAUCCCAGUCAGUCACAUACAGUAUAUCUGAUCUGAGGUUGUGUGUGUGUGUGUGUGUGUGUGUGUGUGUGUGUGUGUGUGUGUGUGUGUGUGUGUCUCCUCUACAGGGCUACAUGGCCACUAUGAAUACCAAGGGCAUACCUGAGGACAUGAAGGGAAAAGACAAGAUUGUAUUUGGAAACAUUCACCAAAUGUUCGACUGGCAUAAAGAGUGAGUAUCGAAGAUGUACUGUGGAGAGUGUGAUUGUGUGUGAUAGUGUGUGUGUAACCUAUCUCUCUCUCUCUGUCUAGCUACUUCCUGGGGGAACUGGAGAAGUGUAUAGCAGAACCAGAGAGACUGGCCCAACUUUUCAUAAAG